AUGGCGAAGCUUGGCACAUUGUCGGAAGAGAGGGUCAUGGAUUUCCUUUCAAGAUUGCCUCCUAAAGAUUUGUUGCGCUUCAAAUGCAUUCAUAAGUCGUGGUACAAUCUAAUAACUUCUCCUAGCUUUAUAGCCAAUAACCUUUUUGUUUCCAGGAACAACAAGUUUUCCUCCACCACUAGUAUCGUUUUCAAGCGUACUGUUCUCAAAGACUCGAAGGAUAAGAAUGAUAUAUUCAAUGUCCUUAGGGACAACGAUAAUUCGAGGAAAAACAUUUAUGUUUCUCUACUUGAUCUUUACAAAGAUCAUGACGGUGAUGAUCAAAACCUUCAUUCUGAUGUCGACGACCUUAUUAUUCCACUUCCUUUUAGUAUCUGUCCCUUUAGUUUCCAAAUCGCAGGUCACUGUGAUGGGAUUCUUUGUCUUGUUAAUACUGUUCUUGAGGAUGUUGCUUUCUGCAACCCAGCGCUCAAGGAAAUGAAAUUUCUUCCUAGGUCUCCCCUUCUUCUUCCUCGCAGACAUCCAGAAGAUAUUGAUGGCAUAGAAACGGAUGUAAAUGCUGUCGGAUUCGGCUACGAUUACGAAACUCAAGAAUACAAGAUUGUAAGAGUGGUAUUAUUUAUUACCGGGAUUUGUUAUACACUUCCUUCUAAAGCAGAGAUUUGGACACUGGGUUCUAAUGCUUGGAGAGAGAUCAAAUAUGAUCAUGAAUUGCAUGUCUUUUGGACUCCUACAUUUGAGUUACACUUCAAGGGAAUUUACUACUGGAAUUGCCUGACCUAUCCUUCUCCAGGACAAGAUAAGGAAGCCAUCUUUACAUUUGAUAUGAGUGAGGAGACGUUCGAAGAGUUGUCGAUUCCAGAAAAUUAUCGUGCUGUAGAUGGAUAUGUUAAGUUCCUUUCUGUGUGGAAGGAGUCUGUUGUUCUUAUUGCUUGCCAAGGAGAAGGUCCUAAAUCCUUUGAUAUAUGGGCAUUGGCUAACUCUAGUACUGGUGUUAAAGGUUCAUGGAUUAAACAGUUGGUGAUUGGACCUAUAGAAUGUGAGAUUCCGUUGGUAUUUUGGAAGAGUGAUGAGCUUCUUUUGACUAUGUCUGACGGAAUUGUAGCCUCCUAUAACCUUGGUGACCAAACUUUGAAGUAUCUUCUGGUUCAUGGAAUCGAAGAUCCGCAGUAUAUUCAAGCUUUUGUUUACGUAAAUAGUAUGAUUUCAGUGAAGGGAGACGACGAGGUUAAGGCAUGCAUAGAUACUUAA